AGUGUUUCAAAGGAAAACUCGAUCACAUUAUGAGAUAACACAUAUAUGCUAACCGAGAGUGUGAGCGCCCCGAGGCUUGAUGCUGCUGCCAAAAGUACAUAUUUUUUUGAUUGGUAACUGCCAGAUGACGCUUCAUCAAAUAUAAAUGCAAGAAAGACUCAGAGAGUGCCAUAAAAACCUUCUACCAGUCAGUCUGGGAGGAUAAGAGCGAGAUCCUGUUAAGAAGGGCAGGAGAUGGCUUUCGGAGUUUCAGUAUUAGUCUUUCUCUUAUUCAAUGAAGGAGGCUCACCUGCUAAAGAUGCUUUCUUCCUCUUCAUCCAGCAAUGGCGGCAUUAACAGAAGAGGUGGCCUUGAACGGAACACCCGGAAUCACAACCCAGCCAAGUGACUGGACAGUUAACAAAACAAAAGAAGGACCUAUAGCCUUGAAGCUCUCGCAUUCUUGCCUGGAAGACCACAACAGUUACUGCAUCAAUGGUGCAUGUGCCUUCCAUCACGAGUUGAAGGAAGCCAUCUGCAGGUGUUUUACUGGUUAUACUGGAGAAAGGUGUGAGCAUUUGACGUUAACUUCCUAUGCUGUGGAUUCUUAUGAAAAAUACAUUGCAGUUGGGAUUGGCGUUGGAUUAUUAUUAAGUGGUUUUCUUGCUAUUUUUUACUGCUACAUAAGAAAGAGGUGUCCAAAAUUGAAAUCCCCCUAUGACGUCUCUUCCAGAGGAAGACCACUGUGAGGCCUUCAUAAGAAAUUUUUCUGCGGCAUAUGUAAAAAUGAGUGGAUCCAAAUUUAAAAUUUUUGAAUGAAGCAACAAAACUUCCCAAGCUGACUAGACUUGAAAAUAAUGAAAGUUGGGAUCAUGAUGCAAUGAGAAUAAAUUUCAACAUUGGUCUUCAGACUUUGUCAUUGUUAUGGUGCCGUGGGAGCCCAUGGAACAAGCAUACAGUGACAGAAGUCAAGUUCUACUUAGUACUACUCUACUACAUAGUACUACUCCGGGCCUAUUGCUGUUGUGGUAUGGCUGUUGUUCGUAGUGCAGAGAAACUGAGUUUCAUGCUUCUGACCAUGUCAGAUGUGAGUUUUCAUGGGAAUAACUGUUAACCUUGAAGCAAGCUAAAGCAAUGCCAAGCUUGGGUUCUUCAUGUGCUUGCUACCAGUAGUUUGGACCAUACUUCUCAACAGACCCAAUCCCAAACAUGCUGCUUUCACAGUAUCUAAAAGAAUGUGAUGCCAACUCUUUGGAUGAGAUCAGUGUUUAGCACCUUCAUUGAACCAAAUAUGUGCCUGGAGUCCAAGUCAGAGACAAGAAAAUGGAAUUCCGAGGCAAACAUACAUCAUACCAGCUUGUGACAACACCAUGGGGCUUUUAUCUGUGAAAUAUGGAAUAAGCUAAAGAACUGCUGAUGACUGAAAGCUCUCUGGAUAUGGAGCCCUGAGUAGGCAGAACAUUUCUGUUCUCUGCAUGGGUUAUAAAACGUUGUGUUCGACUCUUUGGUCCCCUAAUGCUUAUGUGUUCAUCACUUCCUCCUCUUGUUAGAGGAGUUAUCUGGUGACUAUCCAUUUGGACUGAAAUUCUAAAAUUCUACUAAUAAGUGAAAUUCUGCAAAUGACCCCGAAAAGGAAACAAAAAUUGGACCCAGGAAUUUUUUUCAUCAGCCAACAGCAUGUGGAAACUUCCGUUACCAUUUCUGAAUGCUUAAUAGCAGAUUUGCACAUAGGGAGAGAAAAUGGGACAAUGGUAGGAAUAACUAUAUCGGAAUUAGGGCCCUUUGUCUUCAAUCAUAUUUCUUCUGUGUAAUUAGAAUAAUCUUGGGCUGGACGGUCGAUAUCUUUAGGCUUUGGUUUCAUUUUCUACAAGGCCCUUCCAGCUCUAAACUUUGGCGGUAGGAGAAGAAAGCAAUUUUUCCUUACCUGUGCUGAAAGUGGGACAUUCUCAACCCCUACCUCUGGAUCCAAAACACACCACUGGCUGCCAUGUUUGGUACAUAUUUUAGUGUUUGAUUGUAAAAUAAUGAUUUAAAAUUUGUUUUUAAAGGAAGCUUGCUUCCUUUAAAAUUAAAAAAUAGUAUCUACAAUUCUUUUACAUUCAAUCUAAAACUCUGGACUUUUUUCAUGGUGAUGUUGACAAGCAAAACAAUUUUGAUCAUGAGAUGGGUGAAAACAGGAUCAAAACGAACAUUCUUACAACAAUUGCCUCAGAACAGGCCUUUUCUUUGUGUUAAAUUAUGACUUUUCAUUCACUGUUAAACAAAACUGUACAUUCUGCUUUCCUUUGAGUAGAAGGUAUUUCACUUGCUUUGUUUUGCCUUCAGAAGGAGUUUAAGGUGGACGAGUUGCGUGUCAGUGCUUCCUGCCUGUCUUCACAAAGUAUGUAAAGGUUACAUCACACCAAGGAAAUGGGGAGGCAAAGGUUCCUCCCAGUGACUCCAGCGACCACACCUAGAAAGCUACGCUCUCUCUGGGCAUUUCACAAAGGUGUUAAAAAGCUGGGGAGAGUCCAGGAAGAAACAAUAAAGCUUAAUGAAGGACUGCCUCCUGAUGAAAGAGAAAUUAAUGCUGGAGUCUGAAGAGGCAAUAACCUAAAAAGUUGUAAAUAUUUCUCAAUUUUAAACACCAUAUAGUUGAAAUUAAACAUUAAGCAGAAAAAUGAAAUUUUCAGAUUUCCUAACAGAAAAGCAUGCCAAGACAAAAAACAACAGAGAUGAAAAUUUUUUCACCUGUCGAACAGUAGGCAUUAACGGUAUAGAAUCCACUCUGGGAGACGACAGGAAGGUAGAGCGUGGCUCCUGAGAAGCCAUCUGUGUGCGGCCAUCACACACACACGGUCCUGUGACCCCACGGUCCCCGCAGUUAAAUUUGGAGAAAGGCACCUCUGGCAUUCUGAUGGAGCUAGAGCCACAUCUGGCAAUGUUUAUGUAUGCAAGCAGGACUUUGGUGAAAAAAGGCAUAAAUACAAGAUGUUCUGCCAUUUUUUUCACUUUCUAUUUUCUUCUUAGGUGCAAUAAGACCCUGAAAGGAGUCUAUCAGGGAAGCCUUUGCAUCAGAACUGUAUUUUCAGCUAUCACUUUAUGGAUUAUUAGGUGGGUGGAUCUGUUGGAAAAAACUGAGAACAUGCUUUUGGCAUUUCUGACAAAAUCGAACUGGCCAAGGGGUUCAUCAAUGUCUUUCAUUUCAAUUGUGUCUUCUUCCCGAGUCUAUCCUUCUUUCUAUGAGAACAUUUUCCAGAAUAUCCAUAUUCAUGAGUUAGCAUUUUGAAGUAUGAUGGUGUGGGGGCAAAUGUUGUAAUUCCAGUCACACUUGAGCCAGUAAAUUUAUAAAAAGGGAAUUAUAGUUUUUUGUUAUUGUAUCUUCUUUCCCCAAAUUAGUUUUUUUUGGUAUAAUUAUGUUUUCAUAAUGUUUGAAGUGAAUGAAACAACAAUAUAAUUUAUCAUUUAGUGUUUCCUGGAACAAUACAAAUAUAAUCUUUUAAUUUUGAAAUGUCCCUUUUGUUGACGUCAAGAUGAUUUCUAUUCAUUGUAUGUAAUUGAAAGAAGCCUUAAGAAAACCACAAGACAAACCCUAGCAGUGUAAGCUUUCAAUGUUGAACAGAAAAACAAUCCCUCUCUGCAGAAGACCAUGAGCAAGCCCCCUAAAUUUGUGAAUUACACACGGUGACACGCUGUGUGCAGUGUAAUGUGAAUACUGAUGUCCUGCAGUUCAUGCUCAGGAAAAAGGUUACCAGCAUGUCUGUUGCAAAAUACCUCUCUGGCCCAUCAUGGCAUCAUGACAUCAGGAUAGUAGCAUCUGCCAAGAUGAACUUGAAGUGUUGAAAUUUAAUUUGUCAGAGUCUGGCACUGCUAAUCUGGGUGAGUCCACAUUUCUGUCCAAACCUUUGGCAAAGUUCUCUUCAGUAGCACAUUCAGAAGCAUGUCUUCCAAAUUGAGCUCCAAAUUUCUGUUAAUUAUUCAAUCAACGAAUGUACAGCUCAGAGUAAAAGAACCUAAGCAAAUAAUUUCCUAAAAAUUCAAAGGCUAGACCCCUUGAGAAUAUCCACCUGAAUAAAUGUUUUCCCUCAUUAUAUUUCACCUCUCUGCCAAAAAUUAACCUGAUGGAUGUUCCAGAUUGUGGGUAACACCCCCAGCUUCCAAAAAGAUAUCUCAUAAAGAUUAGGAAUGUUAUUAAUGUGGUAAGGAGGAGAAUUGAAUCAUUUAGUUAGGGCUUAUCUAUACUCCAUGUCCUAUCUUUGUAAUUUGUAUGUCUCAGAUAUUAUUGGAACAUAAAUCAUUUUGAUUGAAAUUAGGUGGAGACCACAGUCAAACAAGUAUUGAACUCACCAUGCUUUUGAUCUUUAAAAGGAUGUUAAUUGGGCCUCACAUCUUUCUGGAAAGAAUGAUAUCUCUAGAUUUUUUAAAUCUCACAGGAAAUAUUGAUUUAUUAUUAAGUCCCUUUGCAGAUCAAGAUGAAGAAAUUGUGUAAUAAAGCUACCAUAUAUGAGCACUUAUGAUGUUUGAUAAGCAUUCUUAGCCUUAUUUUAAUUAAUCCACACCUGUGUGUAAUUGAGGCAUAGAGAAGGCAAUUCACUUUUUUAAGGUCAUGACAUAGCCUUUAAGUGCAGAGCCUAGACCUGAACCAGGUAAAUCUGAUGCCAAGGUCUCUCAUCAAAACUCUAUAUGGUAAGACUUUGUAAUAUUUUAUAGA